UAGAACAAACAAUCGCACGUGUGUCCACACCACUACCACUCACGAAAACCCCUCUUCUUCUCUCUGGGACUUCUUCUAUUUGCCCUGCAUUCUUCGCAUCUGGAUUUCCUAAUUCUAAUCUUGCAAAACUGAACAGAGAAAAAGUUACUAACACGGAGACGAGGCUGCAAUGGCGAAUAAUGUCGAAGCGGAGGGCGUGGAGGAAGUGAGCAACAAGCAGGUGUUACUUAAGGAGCAUCUCAUGAGUGGGAAUCCAAAGGACUCCAACAUGUGCGUGAGCACCAGCAAGAUCAAGCUCAAGCUCCCUCGGGGAUUCACCGGCGUUCUACUCAAGAAUCUCUACCUCUCGUGCGACCCUUACAUGGCUGCGCGCAUGAAGAAGCUCGACGCUUCCUCCUCCUACGCCCUCGACAUGUACAGACCUGGUCAGCCUAUAAGCGGAUACGGAGUGUCUAAGGUUUUGGAUUCCGGCCAUCCCAAAUUCGCCAAAGGCGACUUGGUUUGGGGGUUUACCGGCUGGGAAGAAUAUAGUGUCAUCACGGCCACGGAAUCUUUGAUAAAAAUUCAGCACACUGAUGUCCCCCUCUCUUACUAUACUGGAAUUCUUGGCAUGAAUGGUAUGACUGCUUAUGCCGGUUUCUAUGAGGUUUGUUCACCUAAGCCGGGGGAGAAAGUCUUUGUUUCCGCCGCAGCUGGAGCGAUUGGCCAGCUUGUUGGCCAGUUUGCCAAAUUGUCGGGCUGCUAUGUUGUUGGAACUGCUGGAAGCAGAAAAAAGGUCGAUCUGCUAAAGAACAAGUUUGGAUUCGACGAAGCUUUCAACUAUAAGGAAGAGACCGACUUGGUUGCAGCUCUGAAAAGGUACUUUCCGGAAGGCAUUGACAUAUACUAUGAGAGUGUUGGGGGAAAGAUGCUGGAUGCAGUGCUACUAAACAUGAGAUUCAAAGGGCGGAUCGCAGCGUGUGGAAUGAUCUCACAGUUCGACGGUAGCCAGACUGCAGGUGUACAGAAUUUGAUGUACAUGAUCGGGAAUCGGGUGCGCAUGGAAGGGUUCAUAGUGGCGGAUCACUUUCACCUUUAUCCAAAGUUCCUAGACCUGGUCAUAUCCUACAUCAAACAAGGCAAAUUGACUUAUGUGGAAGACAUUGCUGAAGGCCUUGACAAUGCUCCCAAAGCCCUCGUCGGCCUCUUCUCCGGCCGCAAUAUUGGAAAGCAACUUGUCUUAGUUUCCAAGGAGUGACACUAUUAUCAUCCAUUCCUUUCCACUCAAUCAAAAUAUUCGUAAUGUAGUACUCUUCCUAUAUAUAAUCUUACACAACCUUUUAUCA